AGUUGUGUGAAGUUUGGAUGCUUCUGGAGAUGAGGAGGAGAUAGAUCAAAUUAUAUGUCUAUGUGCUCGUCUUAUUCAAGUCUAUCUCGAAAAGUACAUUCAGAAAACUCCAUGUAUGACAAGCUCCCAAACAGGUUACAUUUGGUUAAUGGAAGUGUUAGAAGGCAAUGAAAGUAGGUGUUACAAUCAAUUUAGGAUGGAUAAGCAAGUCUUCCUCAUGCUUUUAAAUGAUUUGGAAAAGAUAAUGCAGGGUUCAAGAAACAUGAGUAUUGUUGAAAUGUUGGCUAUAUUUCUCUAUAUUGUGGGACAAUGUCAGACAAAUAGGAAUACACAAGAACGUUUUCAACGUUCGGGUGAGACGGUUAGUAGGUAUUUUGAUAUAAUGUUAGAGAUUUUCUAUAAUAUGGCAAAAGUGCUCAUAAAGCCAUCAGAUCCGGAAUUUAGGAGCAUCCCACAAGAAAUUCUCACUGAUUCAAGAUACAUGCCUCAUUUUAAGGAUUGCAUUGGCGCUAUCGAUGGUGUUCAUGUCCAAGCUUCGAUAUCUCCAUGUGAUCAAGUGCCAUACAUUGGAAGAAAAGGGAUACCCACCCAAAAUGUAUUGGCUAUUUGCAACUUCAACAUGCAAUUCACAUUUGUAUGUGCAGGAUGGGAAGGCACCGCCCAUGAUAGUAGAGUAUUCUUAUCAGCUCUACGCAAACCUCGAUCGAAUUUUCCUAAACCCCCAAAUGGAAAAUACUAUGUGGUGGAUGCAGGAUAUCCACAAAUGAAGGGUUAUUUAGGACCAUAUAAAGGUGAGCGGUACCACCUUCCACAUUUUUGUAGAGGUGAUGAACCGACCGGUCAUAGAGAAAUAUUCAAUCAUGCACAUUCUUCACUCAUGGGUGUUAUUGAGCGUACUUUUGGGGUAUGGAAAAAGAAAUGGAGUAUUUUACGUGAUAUGCCACAUUUUCCUUAUAAAAAAACAAGUGAAGAUAGUUAUUGCUACCAUGGCUCUUCAUAAUUACAUAAGAAGAUAUGCUCAACGAGAUAUUGAUUUUGAUGAAAGUGGAAAUUACUCAAGUGAAGAGACUAGUGAAGAGAUAGAGGAUAAUGAACAUGAUGGAGAUGGUCCAGGAAGACAAGAAAUGGAGGUGUUAAGAAAUGCAAUUGCACAAAGUCUAAUGAAUGCAUCUACUUAGCAUUUAGUUGCAAAUUUCAAGUGACUUUAAUAUAUUUUGUGUAAUGGUUCCCAUUGAACUAUGGUCGGAAAAUUAAUCUAAAUAUUCUAGAUGAGAUUUUGUGUAAUAGUAAAACCUAAUAUGCAUAUUGAAGGAUUUAAAGUAAAUUUUUUAUUCGGUCCAA